CGUUACUGGGAAGUGUGGAGUCCGCUGCUAAGGGGGCUGGAUGUCGAUAUCACAAUGACCGAGCCUCUGAAAUAAACCAUUCAAAGUUCCCUGCUCCGGAGUAAAAGUAGUAGCAAUUUGAGCAAAGUUGAAAGCGCUUUGAAGAAGGUCGGAGCAUACUUCCAAAGGUUUUUUUUUUACUGUCGAGGAAACUUUGGAACAAGUUUGAAAAAUUUGCAACAAAUUUGAAACUUUGAAAAAAAAAUUGUCGAGAAAAAGUUAAAAAGUGACCUUUCGGACAAAGAUUGUGAACUUUCCAGGAAAGUUUGCAACAAAUUUGGAAAGUUUAUUUUUGAUGUCGAGAAAAUGUUAAAUUGACCAUUCCGAUAAAGUUAGUGAACUUUUGGGGCAGGUCUGCAUCAAGCUAGCCGCGGCUAUGGCCGUGUACACUCUGACCGGCUUCUCGCUGGUGAGUCUGCUGUCGUUUGGCUACAUGUCUUGGGAUUGGAUGAAGGCCGAUUCAAGCGGCGAGGGCGAGGCGGCGGUGGCCGGAGCCGCGGACAAACCACACAUCAUCUUCAUCUUGGCUGAUGACCAGGGCUACCACGACAUCGGCUACCACCGCUCGGAGAUCCGCACCCCGGUCUUGGACAGCUUGGCCGCCCAAGGGGUCAAACUGGAGAAUUACUACAUCCAGCCCAUCUGCACGCCCUCCAGGAGCCAGCUGAUAACGGGAAGGUACCAGAUCCACACGGGCCUGCAACACUCCAUCAUCCGGCCACGCCAACCUAACUGCCUCCCCCUGGGCCAAGUGACCCUGCCGCAGAAGCUACAGGAGGCGGGCUACUCCACCCACAUGGUGGGCAAGUGGCACCUGGGCUUCUACAAGAAGGACUGCCUGCCCACCCGGCGGGGCUUUGACACUUUCUUCGGCACCCUAACGGGCAGCACGGACUAUUACACCUACGACAACUGCGAUGGGCCGGGGGUGUGUGGGUUCGACCUCCACGACGGGGAGAAUGUGGCGUGGGAACACAGUGGGAAGUACUCCACCCAACUCUACGCCCAGAAGGUCAUCAAGAUCUUGGCAUCCCACAGCCCCAAGGAGCCACUCUUCAUCUACUUGGCCUUUCAGGCGGUCCACACCCCACUACAGUCGCCCAAGAAGUACAUCUACCAGUACAGGUCGCUGGGCAACGUGGCGCGGCGCAAGUACGCGGCGAUGGUGACCUGCAUGGACGAAGCCAUCGGCAACAUCACCACCGCCCUCAAGAGGUACGGCUACUACCAGAACACCGUGAUGAUCUACUCAACGGACAAUGGCGCCCAACCCUUUUCCGGUGGCAGCAACUGGCCCCUGAGGGGGCGCAAGGGGACCUACUGGGAAGGGGGUAUCAGGGGGAUUGGGUUUGUCCACAGCCCCCUGAUCAGGAAGAAGGGGCGGGUGAGCAGGUCUUUGAUCCACAUCACGGACUGGUACCCCACCCUGGUCUCGCUGGCUGGAGGCAACUUGACCGUCACCCCUCCGCUGGAUGGCUACAACAUUUGGCAGACCAUCAGCAGGGGGAAGAGGUCUCCACGCAAGGAGAUCUUGCACAACAUCGACCCCUUGCACAGCCUGGCCAAGUCCGGCUCCUUGAAGGAAGGUCUAGGCAUCUGGAACACGGGCGUCCAAGCGUCUAUCCGGACGGGCGACUGGAAGCUAAUGACCGGAGACCCCGGAUACAGCGACUGGAUCCCACCCCAGACCCUCCCCAGCCUUCCGGGGAUCUGGUGGAACUUGGAACGGCAGAGGUCGGGCAGCCACAGGACGGUGUGGCUCUUCAACAUCACGGCCGACCCCUACGAGAGGGUGGAGGUGUCCGCCGAGCACCCGGCGGUGGUCAGAAGGUUGUUGACCAGGCUGGCUCAUUACGACAGGACCUCCCUCCCCGUGCGUUACCCAGCCGACGACCCCCGGGCAAACCCGGAGCUCCACGGGGGCGCCUGGAUGCCCUGGGCCAGCGAGGAUGAGGUGGUGGAGGGAACGGUGAGGAAGAAGAGCAAGAAGAGGACUUGCAAGAUCUGCAAGCUCAAGUCCUUCUUCAAGAAGCUCAACACCAGGAUAAUGUCCAACCGCAUCUAGGUGGCUCGUGAACCUGGCCCCAAGGCUGGGAGAUACCUGGAUCCAAGGUGGACCUUUUGGGGGUGGGGGAGGGUGGUGAACAUGAAGGGUGGGGACUUCCCUCCUUCCGGCUCCUGCCCUUUCUUCUCCGUUCCUCCCUCUGCCUCUUCUCUCCCUCGCGCCCCAGUACCACGACGAAGGAUUGCAAUACGAGGGCACUUUGUAUGGGUGGAGCGUUCAACCUGUGGCCGAUGCGGUGGCAAAGCAGGUAGUUCCACUGCCUCGUAGCUCCGGAUACCACCGAUUCAAACCCAAGUGUGCGUAUGUGUGUGUGUCUCUGUUUGUGUGGAGUUUGCACGUUCUCCCUAUGACCGCAUGGGUUUCCUCCGUGUGCUCCGGUUUCUUCCCACGUCCCAAAGACUUGCGUGUUUGUAAGCUAAUCGGACCUCUGCAAUUUGCCUCUAGUUUGUGGGGAGUGGAUGAGUAAGUGGGAUAAAGUAGAAAUAGUGUGAAUGAGUGAUCGAUGGUCAGCAUUGACCCUGUGGGCCAAAGGGCCUGUUUCCAUGCUGUAUCUUU